GAGAUGGAUGUUGAGGCGGAGAUGGCGCGCGGCCUGCUGCCCGGCACCAUCGCCCUCUCCUCCAAGUUUGUGCCCGCCAUCAAGAAGGUGGCAGCGCAGACAAUAGACUCCGCCAAGACCUUCCUGCAAGACGCGCCAGAGGGCGGCGCCGCGGGGGCCGGCGGCGAGGCCGGCGGCGUGCACCGCCGCCUGGCCGGGGACGCCGACGGCGCGGCGGCGGGCCUGCGCAGCCGCAGGCGUGAGGUGGAGCUGACGGAGAGCAGCCGCGACGCCAGCGCCUCGCAGUUUUUCGACGCCGACUCGGCCGCCGGCAGCCGCAAGGACGACUGAGCUGCGCGGCGCCGCUAGGGCGCCGCCUGCUGCUCGGUCGGUGCCAACCAAUAGUUGCCCUGUUUCUCCCCCCAUGCAUGCCCCACCUCGGUUGACUGCCUGCCGCCAAGUAUGAAUGGGCUGCCGGCUGUAAUUAUUGUACAGG